AUGGUUUUGAGUAUUACCGCCAAGUACGAUCUCUCCAGAAUCGUUGAUCCUACGAUCGAGCUAUGGUCUGCUUACGAUAACUUUGAACCAUCAAGUGGAAAAAAUUGUGAGCCCACAGUGGAUUAUUGGUUCAGUUCAAAGGAACUUGAUUUUUUCUACAAGUCUGAGGUUCCGUUGAAAGAAUCCAGCUCCAUCAUUGAAGUAGUGACACCAACUUCCACUGACAAUCUAAGCUGUCCAUCCCAUUCUGAAAACUCUCAUGAACCUUUCGAUUUUGUUUUUGAAUAUUCUUUUUUAAAGGCAGCUAGGGAAUUUUGGAGUUUACAAGAAACUCUUGUUAACCGGGGACUUCAAGAAUCUGCUUUAACGAGUGCCAGGGAGUUUUGCCAAAUGCAGAACAAAUCACUGACUAGUGGCUUGAACGAUUUUGCUCUGCUUGCUUCUAAUGAAUUUUGGAAGUCUCAGUAUUCUCUUGUGUCCACUAGUGUCCAAGAUUCUGCCCAGAUUGCCGCUCAUGGAUCCCAGAGUACACAAGAAACACUUUUGUGCACUGGACUCUCUGACAAUUUUGUGUUGCUCUCUAGAGAUUUUUGGAAACAUGAAGAACCUCUAGCUGUCCGUGGAAUUGGUGAUCUGGCCCUAGAGUGCUUUAGAGAUUUUUGGAGGAUAAAUCCUGUUGAAUCUUUGAGAGAGCAAGAAACCUUUUCUGCACUUUCUGCACCUGGUCUAACUGACAAUAUCUUGAUUGCCUACAGGAGUUUCUGGAAAGUUCAAAGCGUUACCGAUAUUGAUGGUAUUAGUGAUAAGGCUGUGUUGACAUUUAGUGAAUUUUGGAGAUUGCAAGACUUGUUCGUAUCCACAGCAAUCAAAGAAGCAAGAACAUUUGAAGAUGAGAUUUUGUCAGAGAUCAACGAAUGUUCUAAAUUAUGUGAUGGUCCUAAUACCGUGGUGGAUGGUAAUAUUGUUGUAUCGUUGCAAAGUUUGCAUAUGAAUAUGGCUAGUACUUUGCAAAGGAAGGAAUUGAACUUCGAAAUGACCAAUAAAUUUAAAAGAGAGGAGCAUUUGAAAGAAGUUGGUAAUUUAAACAAAGUCAUUGAGAAAUUGCAGAAGGAAAAAUCACAAUGGAUCACUUCUCACCAGGUGCUGACCAAACAAUUGGCACAGAAAGACAAACAACUGGAAGUUGUCGAUGAGAUGAUUUCUCAUAAUAUUGAUUUAGAAUUGGCUAACGAGGAAUUGAAUAAAAAAUGGACUAAAGCAGCCGCCCAAUUGAAAAUCGCGGAUAGCAUUGAAACUGAAAAUUACGAAUUGAUUUUUGCCAAUGCCAAGCUUACUUCUGAGAAACAACAAUUGAUAUCGAACUUUACCAAGAGACAAGAUGAAUUGAUCACUUCUAAUGCUAAUUUGCAUGUACUCGUUUUGAGUAUGGAAAAGGCUGCAGAAAGAAAUUUUGAUGAGAGCUGUAAAUUACAGAGUAUCAUCGAGAUGCUGAAAAAGAAAGAUGCAAAGUGUUCUAGUCCUCCGUCCUCUACACACAGUACCGAAUCUGGGUUUGGCGCAGGAUCUACGAGAUCCAGAGGUUCAAGACGUGGAAGGAGUUUCUCCAGAAGAAGUAAUAACAGUUUGUUAUGCCAAGCUCGUGUAGAAUCUAGUUUGGUUCCACCUACUUCUGCUGGCAUGAUCUAUGUUAAUUCAUAG